AUGCUGUUCAAAUCCAAAACAUUCAACCUCUGGUUCUGCUGUUUGGUGGCCGGAGGUUGCAUGGUUCUGAACGGAUAUGAUUCAUCCAGCUUCAAUGCCGUCCAAGGCUCGGACGACUUUAUGGAGUAUUUCCAUCAUCCGUCUCCAUCGGUAAUUGGUUCCGUGAACACCGCAUACACUGUGGCCGGAGUUGUGUCCGGCUUCUUCAUCUCGGCCCCAAUCUCGGACUAUUUUGGCCGGAAAUGGACCAUGUACCUGGGUUGCGCGUUCGUCAUCGUCUCCAGCCUCGUCUCUGCCUUCACGCCACGCACCAUGGGAGGCUUUAUCGCCGGUCGUGCCUUAACUGGUAUCGGACAGGGUCUAGCAAUGCCUGCAGGUCCGGUAUAUAUCAAUGAGAUGGCCCCCGCUGAAAAACGCGGUAUGAUCAUGAGCUUCUGGCAGCUGUUCUUCGGCGUCGGCUCUUUCCUGGCGUAUUGGAUCAAUUACGCCUGCACGGAGGAUGCGGAGCGUCUGGGUCACUGGAAUUGGAGAAUCGUCAUUCUCCUUCAGAUGCUAGCCCCGGUGUUGGUUAUUUCUGGGUUGCUGUUCUGCCCGGAAUCACCUAGAUGGUAUAUCCAGAAAGACCGGACAGAAGAUGCUAUACAAGCGCUACAAGUCGUCCGUGAUGACCCGGAGCAGGUCGCCUCUGAGAUCCGAGAGAUCCUGCAGGCUAUUCGAUACGAGAAGGAGACCAACCCCGGACGAUACGCGCCUCUGUGGAAGGACAAGGCUAUCCGGAAGAGAUUCUUACUCGCCUGCGGCCUCAAUAUCGGCCAGCAAUUCACCGGCCAAGGCUCCCUAACCAUGUACUCCACGCUGAUCUACAAAAAAGUCUUCACGGAGAACAAGCAGAUCCAGCUCAUUAACGCCCUCAACGGCACCUUCGGCAUCCUCUUCACCCUCAACGCCACCUGGAUGGUCGACCGCUUCGGCCGCCGCGCGUUGCUCCUCAUCGGCGCCGCAGGCAUGAGCCUCUGCAUGAUCGUCGUCGCCGCCACCGUCACCGAGACCCCGGAGCUGGCGGACGGCGCUAAGUCCAAGCCUGUUGGUAUUGCGACGGUCUUUCUGAUGUUCCUCUUCGCGCUAUUCUAUAAGCCCUCGUGGGGCGCGACCGUCUGGAUCUGGUCGUCGGAGAUCUUCUCGAUGAAUAUUCGGUCCCAGGCGAUUGGGAUGGCCACGCAGUCGCAGUCUGUUUCGAAUACCAUUCUUCAGCAAAUCUUCCCCAUCUUCUUAGACAAGAAAGGCUUUUAUGCGAUGUACAUGUUCGGCGCGAUAAACGUCGUGCUCUUUGCGUUUGUCUGGUUCUGUAUUCCAGAGACGAAGGGUGUGGCGCUGGAGCACGUGGAUACCCUAUUCGGGGGUCUGGACCAUGCUGAACAAGGCGCUGAAAUGGUCGACUAUAAGCAGGAUAAGAGCGCCGAUGCUACAGUGCUUCAGAUUGAAGAUACUCGGGCCACUAAGUAG